CCCCUCCUCUAUUCACCAAUUGUGACAUGACUUGUGACGUGACACUUGCCAUGCGUUUCCAAUUUGUUCUAGGAUAUUUUUCUUUUUCAUUUGAACGUUGAAAGUGUAACAUGGCGCCCACUAAACCGGCCGUAGCCGUGGGAAAAGCUGCCCCCAAAACCGCCGCUAAAACUGCCCCAAAGAAACAACAGUUGAGAGGCAAAGGUCUGAAAAAGAAGAAGGUUUCUUUGAAGUUUGUGAUCGACUGCACACAUCCUGUUGAAGACAGCAUUUUGGAUGUACAAAACUUUGAAAGUUACUUGAAAACCAGGAUCAAGAUCAAUGGCAAAACCAAUAAUUUUGCUGCUGGUAAAUCUGGUCAACAUCAGGUCACCCUGAGCAAAGAAAAGAACACCAAAAUUGUUCUGAGCUCAGAAAUUCCUUUCUCCAAAAGGUACUUGAAAUACCUUACCAAAAAAUACUUGAAAAAGAACAACUUGAGAGAUUGGCUCCGUGUCGUCGCCUCUGGAAAAGACUCCUACGAACUUAGAUACUUCCAGAUCAACAACCAGGAAGAUGAUGAGGAUGAAGAUGUUGAGUAAACUUAAGUUUUGUAUCAGUUGACAAUUAAAUAAUUAAAAAAUAAUUUGUUUUA